AUGGCCGAAGAAACACAAGUGGUUGAAUCUGGAAGAGGCUUGGGAAAGAGGAAGUUUGGUAGGAACCAAGGCCGCAAAAAGUCAAAUAAGAAACCAAAAGUGAUGCAGCCACCACGCGGACAGAAGAAAGUUAAAAUUGACCAAAAAAUGAAGAAACUUUACCACAAGCGAGCACGAGCACGAGAGUAUAAUUCUGAUGAUGAUGUAAACGAGACAGCUGCCCCUGCUACUUUUAAGACUAGAGGUGCUGCAUCUAUGAAGACUAGAGGUGUAGUAUGUUUCACCAAAAAAAAAAAGCUUGAGGAGGAAGACAAAGAAAUUGAAGAGUUGUCUGAAGAUGAAGGAGGACAAGGAACACAGAAGAAGACUGUGUCCGAUAAGAAAGUUAGUUUCUCUGAGGAUGAAGGAGAAGAUGGCGAUGAAAUUCAGCCCGGAAUUACUAAAUUCGCCGAAGGUUGUAAAGCAUUCAAGAUGGCCUUCAAGAGUAUUAUAAAGAAGAGUGUUUCUGAUGACUUGUUGGGUCCAGUAUUGUCAGCACAUAAGAAUCUUGUUAUAGAAAAGCUUGCGGAAGAGGAGGCAGAGCGCUAG